AUGGUAGCAACAAUCGCAAUGGUGGCGGCAGUCGCAAUGCUCGUCUUUCUGCUCUUGGCCGAGCUCUACUGCACCCUCUUACUCCGCCGCCGCCACCGCAAUAACACCUCUCCUGCUUCCACCGAUCCCCGCCGUCAGGGCUCGCCCUCCUACCUCUGCGCCUUCUACGCCCAGGGCGUCAUCCGCGCUCCAAGAAGCUUCCUUUUCCCAACAUCAUCAAUUCUAAACUCAGGGAACCAACUCAUCCCCAGCAGCAAUCGAGAAGCAGCUUCUUCUCCGGAUUCUUCAACCGCUGGCGCCGGCGCCGGGGAGCUCAUAUACAUCUGCAAUCCAAUGUACAACAAGAGAGAAGAUACGCCAUUUGAAACCCCAGCCUCGUCACCCGAUAUUGAGACCGGGAGCAGCGGAGGAUCGUCGCCUCCGCCGCCGAUGGAGGAGGGUGCCUCAGUCUCACUUUCGUCGUUGCCUUCUUCGCCGUGGUGA